AUGUCUCCAGUUUGGAUUGCAAGAAUAUGUCUGAUCCUGCUGCUCUGCAGUAUUGUGGCAUCAAGAACCAGAUCUAGUCGAAGGAGACGGGAGUGGAUUCUUCCACCAACAAGACUCCUUGAGAAUGUAGACUACAGAAAAGUGGAGUUUGUGGCAAAAAUCCGUUCUGACAAAGAUCUUUAUGGGCACCAGGUUGAAUACAAACUAUCAGGACAUGGUGCUGACAAGCCACCCUAUAAUUUAUUUAUUAUCAAUCCUGAGAAUGGCUUUGUUAGGCUUACCGGCUUGCUCGACAGAGAGAAAACAUCUUCAUACAAUCUGACUGGUUUAGCAAUGUUUCGCAAUGGAACAAUAGCGGAGGAAAGAAUUGAGCUGAAGAUUAAAGUCGAGGAUCAGAAUGAUAAUCCACCAACAUUCAAAUCACAAAGUGGAUCUGUAAAAGAAAGCAGCAAGAUUGGUACACAUGUGAUGCAAAUUAAAGCUUUUGACGCAGAUGAGCCAGGCACUAUCAAUUCUAAAAUAGCAUACAGUAUCAUAAAACAAACCCCAAUGGAAUCUGGUCCCAUGUUCUCCAUUGACAAAGACACUGGGAAAGUCUAUGUGAAGGAAAGAACCCUGGAUCGAGAGAGACACGAUAGCUAUACAUUAAUAGUUCAGGGGGUUGAUAUGAAUGGUCUGCCAUCUGGCAACACAGGAACCGGAACUGUGAAAGUUCAGGUUUUGGACAUAAAUGACAACGUUCCCACUCUUGAGAAAGAAGAGUAUUCAGGCAGAGUUGAUGAGGGUGUGGUUGACGUGGUCGUCAUGAGAAUAAAAGCCCUCGAUAAGGAUUUGGUACACACUGAUAACUGGCUGGCAGUUUUUGAUAUUGUAAAAGGAAAUGAAGACAAUAUUUUCUCAAUCGAAACUGACCCUAAAACAAAUGAGGGAAUUCUCAAAAUCAUUGAGCCUAUCGAUUUUGAAAAGGUAAAAGAAUUGGACCUAAAUUUGGUUAUUUCUAAUGUAGCACCGUUUAUAAAUGGUAGUGCUUUAGAGUUAGAAGUUAAUCUGGAUAAAGAUGGGGUAGGGGCUGGAGGAGGCAUAGGGGCAGGAGGUGGGUUGGGAGCAGGGGUUGGGCUGGGAUUUGGUGUAGGGCUUGGAGUGGAUGCUGGCAUAGAUUUGGAUGCUGGGAUGGAUCUGGAGGCUGGAGUGGACCUGGAUGCUGGAGUGGAUUUGGGUGCUGGAGUGGGUUUGGGUGCUGGAGUGGAUGCUGGUGCUGGAGCGGAUGCAGGUGGGGGAGCGGAUGCAGGUGGUGGAGCGAAUGAAGGGGGUGGUACUGGGCUUAAACCUGGAACUAAACCUGGGUCCAAGCCUGGCUCUGCACCCGGUGUCCAGUCAGGCAUUAAUCCUGGAUCAAAACCUGCCUCCAAACCUUCUGGCAAACCCAGACCAGGAGGGAAAGGUUAUCCGGUGAAGAUCGCUGUCAACAAUAUACCCGAGGGCCCUGUCUUCUCACCUGCUGUAAAAGACUUCCCUGUAUCAGAGGAUCCAGAAAAUGAAGUUAUUCCAAAAGUGCUAGGAACUUAUGUUGCUUUGGAUGGUGACACAGGAGAGCCUGCUGAAAAUGUGAGGUAUGCUAAAGGGCAUGACCCUGAUAAUUGGUUAAGCAUUGAUGAGGAAACAGCUGAGAUUAAGCUUACUAAAGUUCCCGAUCGAGAGUCCAAAUUUCUGGUCAAUGGCACAUACAUUGCAAAGAUUAUCUGCAUGACUCAAGAUGUGCCAGCUAAGACUGCUACAGGGACAAUAGCUUUAAAAGUGGAGGACACUAAUGAUCAGUGUCCCACACUGACCAGCACCUAUCAACAAGCUUGUUCUGAUAACAAGGUGGUGGAUGUGACUGCUUUCGAUGAGGAUGCUGAUCCUAAUGGUGCACCUUUUGAGUUCGUUCUGGUAGAAGAAAAGAGUAUGGGGAAAUGGCAGAUGGUGCCAAUAAAUGAGACAUCAGUGAGGAUUCAAACUCUGGAGUCUCUGUGGCCAGGCAUCUAUCAACUUACAAUAAAGAUCUCUGAUGCUAAGGGUCUUGCCUGUGAAGACAACCAAAAGUUUGAGGUAGAAGUGUGCAGUUGUGUAAAAGGAGGCUCCUGUGCGUCAAGGUCAGCAUCACAGCGUGGCCCUUCAUCAAGAAUAGGUGCACCAGCAAUUGGAUUGUUUCUGAUCGGUGCAUGUUUACUCCUGCUGGUUCCUUUGCUCCUUAUCUUCUGCAAGUGUGGGUCAGUGAGUGAAUUCACAGAAUUGCCCUUUGAGGCUAAAGAAUAUCUCAUUCCAUACCACACUGAAGGCAUGGGGGAGGACAAGGAGGUUCCACUUCUCAGCAGCCCCGUUGCUAUAAUAGAUCAGAACGGAUUUCAAGAGACCACUAUGCCCCAUAACGUAUGGUCCUUGCCUCUUCAUCGUGACAUUUAUGAAGAUAUGGCACUUGGAGAUGCAUUCCUGUGUGAAUACUACUCUCAGAAAGCAAGCUGUAGUGCUGAGAACCCAACUCUUAAGGACGGUCUUUUGGUGUAUGACUAUGAGGGUGAAGGCUCCCAUGCUGGCUCUGUUGGUGCAUGCAGCCUCCCCGAUUACGACGAUGACCUGGAGUUCCUCAACAACCUGGGUUCAAAAUUCCUUACACUAGCAGAGAUAUGCAUUCCUCCAAAGCCUCAUUUACCACCUCCCAAAACAGACCAAGUAGUCAAAUCUAUAGGAACUAGCUUCAAAAGCGAGAGCUCUGUUGCCGGUAGCACUCUUCAGGUUACAAAAACCAUCCCACCCCCAGAACAGGUAGAGCAAACCUCCAUUACCAAUGUUGAGGAGACGUUGGCCACCCUCCCAAUGGUCAAAACAAGUCAGACCAUUUUUGUACACCAGGAGCCUCUGUACUAUCUAGUGGAGCAGCAGAUACCAAACAUGGUUCUUGUCGCUGAGAAUGCCAUGUAUGUGAUCAAUGACCACCCUGGGACAGAAGGUUUGAUACUCCAGGGAACAAAUAUUGCACAAGCCACUCUAGAUAGGGGACAGCAGGCGAUGUACUUGAUGAAUGGAGCUCAUGUAGCUCCAAAUCAGCCAAUACAGAUUCAAACAGAUUUGCAGGGGCAAGAAACAGUGUUAGGGGUUACUACCGUCUCCUCUCAUGUAGCUGCUCCGGGCGGUAUAAUGCUAACGCGAACCCAGAUCAGCACAGAGGCACCAGUGCAAGGGCAGGCGACCGGGGCACCAGUGUUACUUUCUGAUCUUAAAGCAUCACGCAAAAAGAAGUAGAUACUAGAAGACACUGGUUACGGAUGUAGAGUAUAAGAUAAGCUAAAAGUACAAAAUAGCACAUCCAGUCCAGAUAGACUAGAUCCUAUGAAAAAAAUAUUUUUUGUCCCACAUGACAAUUUAUACGUAUUGACAUGUAUGAUUAAAUUUUAUUUUUUAUUUGAUUAGAUUCAAUUUUGUGUGUCGCUCCAACAAAAGUUUUAAAUGGUUGUGUUAUUUGAUGCUAAAAAAAACGAAUCAAUACUAGGUGUAAAAAAUUAAUAGGCCUACUAGGUGGAAAAAAUAAUAAAUUGCUUACAUGGGUAACAUUUAUGGGUAUUAAAGGAGUUGGCUAGACCGGGGUUGCCAGAUCUGUGUAACAUAACCAGCCCAAUGGCCAAUCAAAACUAACCCAGUCACCCCAGCCCAAAAUAUAAAAAAUUCACCCCCCUCACAUUUGUCACCAGGGACAAAAUUAGCUAUAUAGACCAAAACCAUAUUUUUUUCUGCUGUUAUGCUGGGCAUUUUAAGAUGGGGUGUCCAUGGAAAGGAGUCCAUUUUAGAACCAUUCUCUAGUGGUCAGUCGGUUUAUGUAUUGCGGUUUAUGAAAUCUCAUUGGUUUCAUGAGAGAGACCGAAGAGAUGCUACAUGUUUAAAAGUAGCCUAAAAGUAGCUGAAGAAACGUGGAUUUGGCAACUCUGGGCUCCACUCAUUGAGUGUUAUGAAAAUACAGAAAAAACUAUAUUCAAAAUAUGAAAUACAGAAAAACAUUUAUAUAAAGUAGUUCCAACUUAUUAUAAAUGUAUUAUUUUGUCUUAUAUUUUGUUUUGUACUGUAUGUGUUUCAUGCCUUUUGUUUUGUUCACAUUGUACACAAGUCUUUCAAGUAGUUCACAUGAUAACAAUUUACCAACCAGUUCGAUCCAACCAGCUUUGACACAGCCUGUGGGUCAAAAAGUCAAUUCAACACAAAAGAGAGUGACUCGAAUGUGAUGGAAUUUUUUUAAUGUAUAAGCAAAAAAAGAUCAUGAAUAGUUCACUGACAGUUGACCCU